AUGGCUCCAAGCAUCAAAACAUUCGACAGUGACGAUAGCAUCCUUGAUCCUGCGAUCAAGGCGCAUAUUGCUUCGCUAUAUACUGCAGUGGACAAUAAGGAUCUUGAAGUCUGGGGGUCACACUUUACAGAAGAUGCAGAACUGAAGAAGGGCGCAACAAAUGUUCGAGGCCGACAGACGCUUGUGGACUUGGUGACAAAGUCAUGGACAGGCGUCAAAAGUCGAGACCAUGUCAUUUACGCCGUCUUUCCUUUCGGGCCAAAGGCUGAAGAAAUCAUGUUGCAUGGACGAAGCAACAAUGUGUCAGAGACAGGCGAGGCCACCACCUUUACGUGGGCCGCGAGGAUGCACUUUCGUCGCGACGCCGAAGGAAAAGUCUUGAUUGACAAGUAUACUAUCAUUCCAGACUAUCACCCAUCAACUUUGUAG